AUGGCAAACAUCCCCCGGGAUUGGUGCUCCAGCCCUGCCACCCUGCUGCCUGGCCUGCUCCAGCUGGCAGCCCAGUGCCCACAUUUGUGCGUGCAGAACGCUGUCAAGUGCGGCUUGGCAGGGCGGAAGCGCUCCCGCAGCCUGGCCUGGGCCUCCCGGGUCAAGUUUGGGGGAGCGGGGAAGAGGAGGGAGCUGGAAAGGCCAUCCAGGUCGAAGCGGAGCUGGGGCGGUGCGGAGGCGCUGCUGAAACGCCACGUGUGUGUUUCUCACAGCAAAUCGCUGAGCGACGAAGAAAACUUGAAGCUCUUUGGGAAAUGCAAUAACCCACACGGCCACGGGCACAACUAUAAAGUUGUAGUCACUGUGCGUGGAGAGAUUGAUCCAGUCUCAGGGAUGGUUAUAAACCUAACAGACCUGAAAGAAUAUAUGCAGGAGGCCAUCAUGGAGCCACUUGACCACAAAAACUUGGAUAAGGAUGUGCCCUACUUUGCUGAGGUUGUGAGCACCACUGAGAACGUUGCCGUGUUCAUCUGGGAAAACCUCAAGAAGCUCCUGCCCAUGGGGACUCUUUACAAAGUCAAAGUGUACGAAACAGACCAGAACAUUGUCGUGUACAAAGGAGAAGAAACAAUCUCUGAGAAGUGAAAUGAGCUUAAGCUCAGGUGAUCAGAAAUCCUGCUGUCUAAUUACAUCAGUGAAUUACUUCAGCCCUGUGCACCGUAUCUCUUAUAUGUGGACACUGAUUUUGCAUUUCAGAAGGACAAGAAUAGGUAUUUUACAAAAAUUCUUGCAGCAAGCUGGCAGUUGGGGUUCACAGAAUUUGUUGAUUUGUCUGCUUUUUUCCAAGACAUUUCUUUUUUGCAAACCCCAGCCAUCAAGCUGAUGCAAAACCUGCGGUUGUACUGUGUUAAAUAAAGCAGCUUCCUAGAGAGUCUUGCAAAGUGUAUAUCCCUUUCAACCACAAGAGGCUUUGACUUUCUCUAAUUAAACACUGGAUUAAUUUAUGGAUUUUUAAUAGCCUCGACUUUGUUUUUUGUUUUGCUUCUUGAUCAGAUAGAGAGUGACAACUCCGUGAAUUUUUUCUUUAGUGGUUCAGACUCUCCUUCCUCUGGCUAGCAGGUCUGUUUCUGUAUAAGGAACUGGUAUAGUGAGUAAUAAAAUUGUUUGCAAAGCAAUUCCA